AGCCCCGGGGUCCCUCGCCUCCCCCCCCUCACAUGUGGCAGUUCUUGUUUUGCAGGUGCAGCCGGGUGUGUAGCAACCUUGCUCCACGAUGCGGCCAUGAACCCUGCCGAAGUGGUCAAACAGAGGAUGCAGAUGUACAACUCGCCUUACCAGCGUGUGACGGACUGUGUGCGGGCUGUGUGGCGCAACGAAGGGGCCGGAGCUUUCUACCGCAGCUACACCACCCAGCUCACCAUGAACAUCCCCUUCCAAGCCAUUCACUUCAUGACCUACGAGUUCUUGCAAGAGCAGCUCAACCCCCACAGACAGUACAACCCAGGCUCCCACGUGGUCUCCGGAGCCUGCGCAGGGGCUGUUGCUGCCGCUGCCACUACGCCUUUGGACGUUUGCAAAACGCUGCUCAACACCCAGGAGUCCCUGGCCUUGAGCUCCAACAUCAGCGGACACAUCACAGGCAUGGCCAAUGCCUUCAGGACGGUGUACCAAGUGGGCGGUGUGACCGCCUACUUCAGAGGGGUCCAGGCAAGAGUCAUUUAUCAGAUGCCCUCAACGGCAAUCGCCUGGUCUGUGUACGAGUUCUUCAAAUACAUCCUCACCAAGCGCCAGGAGGAGCGGCGGGCUGGGAAGUGAGCCAGAGCCGAACGCCGUUCCAGACCUGCUCCACCUCCCCUCCUGGUUUGUCUUCUGACCCCUCUCCCUUUCGGUUUGGUUUGUGUUGAAGAGAGGGGGCAGCAAAGCCCUUUGGGGCUUAGCGAUGCCAUUUCUUGCCUGUGGCUGCUGCAGCUCUGCUCAGCCUGCACGGCUUGCUCUCUCCCAGGGUGCUCUGAGAUGUCCCGCUGGGAGCUGCAGCCCAGGUCAUGUCCCCUGGCACUUCGGUGGAGCUGUGCUCCUGUCCUUCCCUUAACAAAAACCUCCUAUCACGCAAAGCUGGCCCCUCCUCGGAGGGGAAGGGGAAUGUCCUGCCCUGCCUCUGGCAGGGCCAAGCUGAGCUCGCAGUCACCAAGGAGGGGGCGGCAGCGCUGCCUGGGAUGCUGGGGGCUUUGUCUGGCUUUUGGCUGAAGCGAAGUGUAAGCCUUGCCGUUGUCUCGUAGCACGCACACGUGAUGCUGACUGCCCCAGUGGUGGGGGGAGAGGAUGGCAC